UCAAACUUCUGAUUCUGCGCCAAGUAAUCAUGAAGACUACCAGUCGGAAGACAACUUUAAUACUAGUAAGACAAAGGCACGCGGUUUGUUGGCUCCACUGCCAAGUGAAGGCAAACAUAGUCAGUCAGGAGACACCCAUUGCACAGAAAAGACAACUGACCAACAACCUUCAGUAUCCAUGACAACUAUACCCGAUACCUGUGCUAUCUGCAUGGACGAGAUCACCAACCCUAACGUCUGAGUAAAUGCGGCCACACGUUCUGCACGGACUGUAUCGACAACUGUUUUAAUAACUUCAAGUCUGUCUGUCCCACCUGCAACAUGGUGUAUGGAAUCCUCACUGGAGACAUGCCUCCUGGAGAUAUGAACGACACGGUCAUUCCUGGCAUCAGUUGUCCUGGCUACGAGGGUCACGGGGUCAUCGUCAUUGACUACUACUUUGAAGAUGGAAUUCAGACUGACCAGCACCCGAACCCAGGCAAGCCGUAUCACGGAACUAGACGAAGAGGGUUUCUUCCUGACACCGACGAGGGGCGAUCCAUACUCCGGUUGCUAGAAAUAGCCUUCGACCGGAAGCUGACGUUUACGGUUGGUCGCUCGACCACGACCGGAAGAGAAGACAUGGUGACGUGGAAUGAUAUUCACCACAAGACAAACACGCAUGGAGGACCAACCAGGUUUGGAUACCCAGACCCGACGUAUUUGUCACGAGUUAGAGAUGAACUGGCCAGCAAGGGUGUGACGGAAUAGCAAGUCUGAACUCUUCUAACUGGCCAGCAAGGGUGUGACGGAAUAGCAAGUCUGAACUCUUCUAACUGGCCAGCAAGGGAGUGAUGGAAUGGCAAGUCUGAACUCUUCUAACUUGCCAGCAAGGGUGUGAUGGAAUAGCAAGUCUGAACUCUUCUAACUGGCCAGCAAGGGUGUGAUGGAAUAGCAAGUCUGAACUCUUCUAACUGGCCAGCAAGGACGUGACGGAAUAGCAAGUCUGAACUCUUCACUCAACAAAACUGUUAGCUGUUUUCAUGACACUGUUAAGUUAAACUGUGUUGAUUAACGACACCACUAGAGCAAAUUGAUUUAUUAAUCAUCAGUGUAUGUUUUUCUUUGUGUUGUACCGAAAUGUUAAAUGAAUAACAGAAGUUGUAGGUUGUAUUUUCGUAACCAACAUAUAACAUUGUUAACAACGUGGUAAGACAGGUGUCAGCUCUUGG